AUGGCUCGAGCAGUUGUUGCGCUCUUCCUCGGGCUGUGGCUCGCGCUCGCGCUCCUCGCGAGCCCAGCACGCGCGGCGUUCAACCCGACGCUGCGCGUCAACUGGACCUUCUCCGCGGCCGACCCAGCAGUCAACUACCGCCCGAGCGACACGGUGCCGCUCAACGCCAACUGGGGCAUGGGCCUGAACAGCGUCUACCCCGCAUGGAACGUGAGCUACGGCAACGCGUCGGCGCCGGCGGCGCACGCGCAGAGCCAGGCCGGCUCGGGCGCGCCGGUACGCUCCACGCGCGCGGGGUCCGGCACGUCGAUCGAGGCCAAGUUCCUCGGCUCGGCGGUGUGGUUCCACGGGCGCGUCGACCCGCGCGCGUUCGCGCCCAACCGCACUGCCGGGAACACGCCCGUCACACCGCCCAACGUCUUCGUCGACGUGCAGACGGCCAACGUGAGCGCCAGCACCACCGACGUCAUCUGGGGCACCGACGACGAGCUGCCCUGGGGAUUCCACGACGUGCAGCUCAACAUUGAUGGCAACUGGACCGUGGACAACGUGCUCAUCACAUACGCGGUGCAGACGCAGGCGCCCACCUUCGCGGACAUGACGACGCACGUCGAGCCGACCGUGCUCAACGGCACCGUCAACCCAUUCUACACCGCCCAAGGCGCGUGGAACGUCAGCACGCAGCCCGGCGCAGACGGCCAGCCAUACUCCCACAUCGUAGGCGGCAACGUGUCCGUCCUCACGUUCCCCGUGCCGGCCAACACGUCGUUCCUCGUGGUGAACGGCACGACAGGCCCCAAGAUGGGCAGCUACAUCGUCGCGCUGACGCCUGCGCCGCCGCUCUCCGAGACGUCGUCGGUCUUCAACGCGCGCUCGGCGUGGGAGGACCCCGUGGUGCUGUACGCCACGCCGCUCGACCCGGCGGUGCAGUACACUGCGCAGCUGAGCUCUGGCUCGACGGGGCUGCCGGGCGAUAACGCCGGGCAUGGGUACCACGCCGUGACGUUCUACUCUGGGUUAAGCGAUAUCAAGCCGCCUGCAGAGCCAAGCAAAAAGGCGUCCCACACCGGCGCCAUUGUCGGCGGCGUCAUUGGCGGCGUGGCGCUGCUGGUCAUCAUCGCCGCGCUCGCCUUCUGCCUCGGCCGGCGGCGGCACCCCGCGCCAGAACCGGAGGCCGCCGAGGCCAAGACCGCGUCGCUGGAGGACGAGCACGGCGUGCUCCCGACGCCAUACGUCUCGGAGCGCGAGCGCACCGCGCCGUUCGUCAUCGACGACGAGGGUGCAGCGGCGGCUGCGCCUCCAGACACGCUGACGACGACGGCCAGCACGGACGAGUACCACACGGCGCGGACCGACCUGCCGCCGCUGUCGUCGCCUACCCGCUCGUCGCCGGGAUCCAGCACGGCGUACCUCAUAGCCAAGGGCGAGACGCUGGCCGCGAUGAGCGCGCGGGGCUCGGCGCAGUCGUCGCCCAUUACGCCCACGACGCCGGGCGGCGCAGUGUGGCCUGCCGUCGCGGGCGCGAGCGCGCGGACAACAAAGAGCGCCCGCGGGGUGACGGUGCCGACGGCGCCCGCGCCAGUGCCAGAACCCCGGCCGCGCCGCGUCGAGCAGGAGCAGGACGCUGGGUCGCUCGACGAGCCCGAAGACGAGGAGGAGCUCGAGCCAGAGCUCGUCCCGCCCAGCUAUAACCCCGACUGGGCGGCACGGAGGGACGACAGCGCGUCGCCGUCGCCUUCGCCCACACGCCCGCCUGCUGCACGCCCCCCAGCCCCGUGA